CAGUUAACCACGCCCCUAGUUUCAGUUCAGGAUCUACUUCUCGGUUGCGGAUGUGUGACGAUGCAACCAGCUGUUAGGAUAUUUUCCCAACUUCCCUGAAGUGUCACUGAAAAGAAACAAAACACCUGUCAGUUAGAAAUCUCAUUUGCGCGUGUUGUUCGCUGCUCUGUGCUCGGUUAAGCUGUGCUCGCGCUCUUCCGCUCGCUAACUUUAGCAGCUUAGCUCACCGUAGCUAGCAGCUCAUGGGUCUGGUGAUUUACUUCCAUAUUUAAACAAUUCCACAAUUUAAGUUUAGGGUCUCGUCUUCAUUCGCUUGGAAAAGCCACUACCCUACAGCGUGGUCCUCCACAUGUUUUUAUUUUGAACCGCUGGAUGCCAGCGGAGGAGUUACCCCACCUGUGCCUUCUUGCCUAGCGGGCUUGUCUUUAAAUGGCCACCGCUGCGCCUCCUCAAGCCUCCGGCUCUUCUGCGGCCUCUGACAACCCGAGUCCCGGCUCCAGCAGCUCAGCUGCAGCCGACGGCGGCAACCAGGACAGCACCUUCGAGUGCAACAUAUGUCUGGACACUGCCAAGGAUGCUGUGAUCAGCUUGUGUGGACAUCUGUUCUGUUGGCCAUGUUUGCAUCAGUGGUUGGAGACCAAACCUACCAGACAAGUGUGUCCAGUGUGUAAAGCUGGCAUCAGUCGAGACAAAGUUAUCCCCUUGUAUGGGAGGGGAAGCACAGGUCAACAAGACCCCAGAGAAAGAACACCUCCCCGACCACAAGGGCAACGGCCUGAACCAGAAAACCGUGGUGGAUUUCAAGGGUUCGGCUUUGGAGACGGGGGUUUCCAAAUGUCAUUUGGAAUUGGUGCCUUUCCGUUUGGUAUUUUUGCUACAGCUUUCAACAUCAAUGAUGGCAGACCUCCUCCAGCAGCCCCUGGCACGCCACAGCACACAGAUGAACAGUUUCUGUCUCGACUCUUCCUCUUUGUCGCUCUGGGGAUUAUGUUUUGGCUGCUGAUUGCGUGAACGCAUGCAUGGCGACGCCUUAAGAUUUGAUGGCAGACAUGAUAAGACACAUCAUCAGCGUUGUGCAAAUGUGAUUCUGAUUUCGUGCAUGAUUUAUUUUGUUUCACCUCACCAUUCAUGGAAGAAUGUAAAGGGGUUUAUUUUUCUUUUUUUUCUUUCUUUACCCAAAACCACAUUUCAUUGGUUUCCACAUGGGAUUUUCCACAAUAGAAUUCUUGAUUUGCCCCAGUUGACAUUUAAUAUAGUAACAAUCACAUGUGCUUUUCCUACUGUAAUCUCUGAACGUGUCUC